AUGGCUGAAACCGCGAUCGACCCGACGCUCGAAGUUGUGCAGUCGGAUGAGCACGACCAUGCCGUUGCGCACCCAGCCCCAUUCGCCAUCCACGUCACGCUGCUGUCUGGUCAGCGCAUCACUCUGAUGGCGCUGCCGACGACCGUGCUGGACGACCUGAUCAUCCAACUGGUCAACGAGCCCAUCUUUUUGAUUGAGACGUGCGUCAAGUUCGAGCUUGCCAAUGGCACCGUGCUCCCGCGUGGCAUUCCUCUCGGCUCGAUUGACGGCUUUGGUGCCGACGCGUCCAUCCUUGUCAAGCCUGAGGUCUACACAGAGUUUGAGGUUCGCGCGCAUCUCCAGAUCAUCCAGGACCAGAUUCUCGCCAACACGGCCGACACCACUGCCGCUCCCAGCUACCUCUUUGAUCGCAUCUCUGGCACUGCUCGUGCAACCGACAACAAUGCUGCUCCCCAUGCUGUCCCCCGCCAUGCAUUCGAGCCCGAGGCCGAUAGCAGCACAUCUCUGAAGCUCUUCUUCCCGGCUCACCACGUCACUCCGGCCGAGCGCUUCAUCUCUUCCGUUUCCCUGUCGACCUGGAACCCCGUGCCUGCCCACCGCAAGCUUCUCGGUGACUUGGCCUACCUGACCGCUGUGACGCAAGAGGGCCUCACUCUGCACAUUACUGCCACGGCAGCGGGCUUUUUCCGCAACCUCUCGACUGACGACCUGUUCGACCCCCUGCCGCACUCUCGCCCUUUCGCUUCGCACUCGCUCGCCAGUGUGCUCGGCCAAGCCAGCCCCGUCUUCAAGGCCAACUACCCGCUGUUCAAGAGGCUGUUGGUUGCCGCCGAGGCUGCCAACUUGCGUCAACAGCAGCUGCAGCAGCACCAGCACCAGCAGCAGCAGCAGCAGCAGCAGCAGCAGCAGCAGCAGGCAACGGAGGCCAACGCUUCCGAGACUGUGCCAGCAGCAGAGACGGCUCCCAAGACUAGCGAGGCGGCUGCUGAUGCCGCCCCAGCACCCCAGCCCGUCAAUGUGCUCGAGCUGCUCUCCAAGAGCAGCGUGACCGUGUACGAGGCGGCGCCCAUGGCUUUCCCGCGUCACACGUUCAUCACUCCGACGUUUGCCCGUCACAAGUCGGACGCUCUCCGCGCUGAAAAGUUCAGCAUGGGUGCACGCGCUGAGAUGCCGAGCGCUCUCCCCGGCCAGCUGCGUGACUGGAAUGAGGAAUGGCAGGUCCAGGCCACCACCCCCGUCGAGACCGCCGACGAGCGCCUGGCCCGCGACGCGGCCUUGAACGACUUGUACAAUGACUUUGUUGGCGCAGCCAUCCGUGGUGCCCAGGAAAUCGUCUCGGGCAACAUUCCCGCCGUCAAUCCCGGCGGCGCCCGCGAGCAGCAGCUGUACAUUUACAACAACAUCUUUUUCUGCUUCCCCGACAGCACGCGCGAGCUCUUCAACCAGAACAGCGCUGCCGUGCACGCCGCCGCAGCCUUGGACAUCAAGUCCAUCUCGGUGCUGCGCCACCUGCUCCCCGAGAAGCUGCACCAGCUGCUCGCUGUGGUGAUUGAUUUCCGCGGCUUCCGCGUCAGCGCGCAGGCUCUGCUCCCUGGCAUCUUCCGCCGGGACGGCACUCCGUUCUUGCGCCAGGGCUUUGAUCCCAACGGCACCAUGUACAACUACAACGAGGAGUACUCUGACCUGUUUGGCAAGGUUGCCGAACAUCUGCGCCUCAAGCCGCACGCCAUCCCGAGCGGCAAGAUCCUCAAGCAGGUCGAGACUGCCAUCGCUGCUGCCGACCCCGAGCACGCUGCUGCCGAGCCUGCUUCGGCUGAAAAGGAGAACGAAACCCAUCAGACAGUGCUUGCGGCUGAUGUUCGUGGCGUGUUUGGUGCCGACAACCGCAUGUACAUGAUCGAGACCCAGCGUCUGACUCCGGUUGAUGUCAACUUUAUGCCCGAGCUCACCCCGCUGCCUGCCCCCGGCUCGACCAUCCCGAGCGAUCCGACCGUGUACGUGCCCAAGAAGGAGCACGAGCUGUGUCUCCUCCGCCGUGAGCUGCUCGAGCGCCACCUCAAGCAGCAGGCGAACGAUGCAUGGCGCGCCAUGAUGGCCGAAGAGAUUGCCGCCAAGAAGGCCAAGACCGCAACCGAAGGCGAGGCCGCGGCUGCCGAUGCUGUUGCUGCUGCUGCCGAAAAGACACCCGAGGAGCAGGCAGAGGAAGCCGCCGCUGAAGCUGCUCGUGAAGCCAAAUUCGCUGCGAACAUGGAGGCGCUGGUUGAAACAGCCCGUGUCAACGUCGACACCUUUACGCGUUUCGGAGAUCUUGCCACCGACGAGGAGAAGGCUCAAGUCCGCGCGUUGGGCGCCUUUGCCAACGCGUGCACUCUUCGUUUGGCCGACGAGUUUGUUCGCAGUGACAACCGCACUUCGUUCCCAGUCGAUGGUGACGCGCUUACACAGCUGAUGCACUCGAACGGUCUGAAUAUGCGCUACCUCGGCGCUGCGCUAAACCACAUCAUGACCAUGCACCAGAAGGCGUCGGCGUCGCACUUUGCCAAGAAACUGAUUGCUUCCGAAAUGAUCGCUCGUGUGGCCAAGCGCAUGCUGCGCCAUCGUCUGUCCAACUCCCAAAACCACGCUGUUGCGGACGCUGUUGCAUCGUUUUUCAACGCGCUGUUCGACGCUCCAGUCGCCACUGCCGCUUCGUCGUGUGUCUUCCCUGACGCCACCGCUCUGAUUCUGCAAGGCGAGGCCGCUCAGCAGCAAGACGGCAAGGCCAACGCCGGAAAGAAAAAGUCCAAGCCCAACAAGGCCAACAAGGCUGCGCUGGUCGUAUCGCUUCCAGUCGCCACUGCCGAAUUGCAGGCUCCCUCUGCCCUCUCCAACCUGUGGGCGGCCAUUUUCGACGAGGUCAAGCAGCACUUCCGCUUUGACUUUGCGGCACAUCUUGCCAAAAACGCCGCUCCUUCGUUUGCCGCCGUCAGCGCUGCCUUUGGCAUUGAGCUUGUGCCAUUGCUGCGCGCAGUUUGCGUCAAGACUGGCAUCCAACUUUCAGCCCGUGACUACCUCAUCGAGUCUGGAAAGCCUGUGCUGUCUGCCGCCGAUGUUCGCGACGUCUAUCCCCUGGUGAAGCGAAUUGACAUGCAGAACCCCGAUGUGCGCCAAUUGGUGUACGACGCGUCGCAGCAGUUGCACUCUGACGACGGCGACAUCAACACGGCCAUUGAAAUGUUCAUGCAGGCGCUUUUGCACACGGAGCAAACGCAAGGCGUUGUGACUACGACCUCGAUGACCAUCCUCCAACACAUCUCGGCAUGCUACGAGCGUCUUGGCGAAGAUGCCGCCACGCUUCAGUUUGCCAAGCACGCCGUGAUUGUCGCCGAGCGUGCCGCUGGCCUGGACUCUUCGUUGAUUCUUGAGCAAUAUUUGCAGUUUGCCAUGCUCUGCGAGGCAAUGGAAGACAACGUCAUGGCACUCAAGUUCCUCCAGCGUGGACGCUACCUCGUUUUCGUCCUCUUUGGUCGCGACCACCCUGUUCUGAGCCGCAUUGAUGUAAGCUCGCCAUCUACCGCUGCCUGGCUGCUCUUGGCGACGUCAAUCGCGCUGCCCGAUUUGCAUGCUUUGCCGCACUUUGCCGCUGAUUCCAACCGAGUGCUUGAGCUCCGCUCUCAUCUGGCCUCUGCUCUGUUCUUGGCCGACAACCUCAAGAAGGCCAUCGAGAUGGAACGCGAAGUGCUCAAGAUUUGCGAAACCAAGUUUGGCAAGGAUGCUGCCGAUACUGUCUUCCAUCGUGACCAGCUGGCGCAAAUGCAGGCGCUUUCUGCUGCCAAGAUUAGCGUUUCGCAAAUCCAAGCGCAGGCUCAAGCGCAGGCUCUCGCAGCUCGCACUGCACGAGCGGCCCCUGCAGUGGCAGCCACCCCGGCCCCAGCACGGGCAUCAAGCAAGAAGCAGAAUCUCAACAUGGACGACAUUGACUCGCUCGUCCGCUUUAUUGAUGGCGGCAAGAAGUCCAAUAAGAAGCAUUAA